CCUGUCCAACAGCCCCUCAUUCAGUCAUCAACCUCCAACAGCAGCCCAGUUCCUCCAGCCAGACCCUCGGACAACGUCCACCAUGAGCAAGUCCUUCUCCUCCCAGUCCGCCCAGUCAGCCUCUUCCUACCGCCGGACCUUCGGAUCUGGUAUUGGAUCCACCCCAGGCAUGUCCUCCAUGUUCUCCCACGGUGGACGCGGCUCCUCCGGCUCCUCCGGCUCGGCCCACAUGUCCUCCAGAGUCUACGAGAUGACCAAAAGCUCCGCCCGCCCCAGCUACUCCUCCGGUAGCAUUCGUUCCUCUUCCGGCGGCGCGAUGCGCUCAUAUGCCGGGAUGGGCGAGAAGCUGGACUUCAGCUUGGCCGACGCCACGAACCGCGACUUCCUGGACACCAGGACCAAUGAGAAGGCAGAGCUGCAGCACCUGAACGACCGGUUCGCCAGCUACAUCGAGAAGGUCCGUUUCCUGGAGCAGCAGAACGCUACUCUGGUGGUGGAGAUCGAGAGGCUGAGGGGUCACGAGCCGACCCGCGUGGCCGAGAUGUACGAGGAGGAGAUGAGAGAGCUGAGGCGUCAGGUGGACGGCAUGUCCAAUGACAGAGCCCGCAUGGAGGUGGAGAGAGACAACCUGGCAGACGACCUGCAGAAACUCAAACUCAGACUGCAGGAGGAGAUCCACCAGAGGGAAGAGGCAGAGAACAACCUGUCUGCCUUCAGAGCUGACGUGGACUCUGCCACUCUGGCCAGGCUGGACCUGGAGAGACGCAUUGAGAGUCUACAGGAGGAGAUCGCCUUCCUCAAGAAGAUCCACGAGGAGGAGAUCCAUGAGCUGACGAGCCAGAUCCAGGAGACCUCGGUGCAGGUCCAGAUGGACAUGUCCAAACCAGACCUGACCGCUGCCCUCAGGGACAUCCGUAUGCAGUACGAGGGAAUCGCAGCCAAGAACAUCUCCGAGGCAGAGGACUGGUACAAAUCCAAGGUGUCAGACCUGAACCUGGCUGUGAACAAGAACAACGAUGCUCUGAGACAGUCCAAACAGGAGAGCAUGGAGUUCAGGCAUCAGAUCCAGUCCUACACCUGUGAGAUCGACUCUCUCAAGGGAACCAACGAGUCUCUGCUGAGGCAGAUGAGGGAGAUGGAGGAUCGUCUGGGAAACGAGGCUGGAGGUUACCAGGACUCCAUCACCCGUCUGGAGGAUGAGAUCGCUAAGAUGAAGGAUGAGAUGGCUCGUCACCUCAGAGAGUACCAGGACCUCCUCAAUGUCAAGAUGGCCCUGGAUAUAGAGAUCGCUACCUACAGGAAGCUACUGGAGGGAGAGGAGAGCCGCAUCACUGUAUCUGGCUCCCACUCUGCUGGUCACUCUGCUGCUCACUCUGCCUCUCACUCUGCCUCUCACUCUGCUGCUCACUCUGCUGCUCACUCUGCUGCCUCAUCAUAUUCCACUAUUGGAUUCAGAGAGACCAGCCCAGACGUAGGCCGUUCAUCAGAGGUCCACUCCAAGAAGACUGUUCUGAUCAAGACCAUCGAAACCCGCGAUGGAGAGGAAAGUCCCUUUGAGACCUUGUCUCUUUUGGAAGAGAGCCCUGUCUCACAAAAAAAAAAAAAAAGCAGCAGAAAAAACAAGGUGGUCAGUGAAUCUACGCAGCACCAGCAGGACAUCAUGUAAACAACAACGAACAAACAAAACGAAGCAACAACAAGUUUAAAGGACGUUUACAUACCAAGAUACAAGGGCUGCUCUAGGUAGCUUUUCUAGGGAAAGCCUCUUUUGAAAGGUCUCUUUUUUGAGAGGGAGUGAGUUAUUAACACCGUAUGAAGAGUUUAUAACCACAUUGACAAAGGGUUAUACCUGCCUUAGGUAAUGUUCAUAACUCACUAACUCCUAGUAAUCAGAUUUUAUAUGACCAAUCACCAAAGGAGAAGACAGAAGAAAACAAUGUUACCGUAAUCAGAAGGAAAUGUUACCAUAAUCAGAAUACAAUGUUACCGUAAUCAGAAUACAAUGUUACCGUAAUCAGAAUACAAUGUUACCGUAGUCAGAAUACAAUGUUACCGUAAUCAGAAUACAAUGUUACCGUAAUCAGAAGGAAAUGUUACCCUAAUCAGAAGGCAAUGUUACCGUAAUCAGAAUACAAUGUUACCGUAAUCAGAAUACAAUGUUACCGUAAUCAGAAUACAAUGUUACCGUAGUCAGAAUACAAUGUUACCGUAAUCAGAAGGAAAUGUUACCGUAAUCAGAAGGAAAUGUUACCCUAAUCAGAAUACAAUGUUACCGUAAUCAGAAUACAAUGUUACCGUAGUCAGAAUACAAUGUUACCGUAAUCAGAAUACAAUGUUACCGUAAUCAGAAGGAAAUGUUACCGUAAUCAGAAGGCAAUGUUACCGUAAUCAGAAUACAAUGUUACCGUAAUCAGAAGACAAUGUUAGACAAUGUUACCGUAAUCAGAAGGCAAUGUUACCGUAAUCAGAAUACAAUGUUACCGUAAUCAGAAGACAAUGUUACCGUAAUCAGAAGACAAUGUUACCGUAAUCAGAAGACAAUGUUACCGUAAUCAGAAAACAAUGUUACCGUAAUCAGAAGACAAUGUUACCGUAAUCAGAAGACAAUGUUACAGUAAUCAGAAGGCGGGAACAAGGUGGAAUGAAAGUCAAGUCAGGCCCUGGCUAGAACAGAACACGCAUGGCUAGAGGGGAUCUCCAGAAUGUCAAGAGAUGUAUCUCUGUAGUCCACGUUUCUUUGUGUGUGUGUGUGUGUGUGUGUGUGUGUCAGAAAGGGUCUAUCUGCUUCACAAUGUUUCACAGCCGAUGAUCUGAAAUAAAAUACAGUGUAUGUUGA